AGCGCCUCCGCCGUGGAGGGGGCACUGCCCCCGGGCAGCUCUGGAGCGUGUGCAGCCCCAGGGUGCCGCCGCAAGAUGUAAACAAUUGUCCGACCGCCCCCGGGGCGGGCGCCCGCAGGGCGCAGACGUCUCUCCUCCUCCUCCCUCCUCCUCCUCCUCCUCCAUUUCUCUCAUGCUGUGAUGCAAUAUCGCCUUUCGCCUGCUGGCGAGUCUCGGUCCUCCUCCUGCCUGCCCCUCUGUAGCAACCUCGGGGGGUCCCCGUCGGUCCCAUCGCAUCGCCAUCCGCGCCGGAUCCGUGUUGAGCUCGCCGAGUCCACGCCAGAUCCGCGCCGAGUCGGCGUCGAACCCGCGUCGGGCGCAGGAAAGGACAGCACCCUGCAGGACAGGAGGCAGCAGCGUGCAGGGCGAACCAGGCCCCCCGAAGAUGCAGCCUCGGCUGCACCCUCCUCCCCCCCCGGCGGGCGCGAGGUGAGGGCCGUCUCCGCCCGCGGCCUCUCCGACUUCUCGGACUUCCCCGAGCAGCACGAGGUCGUCCUGUGCGGCCACGGGAAGGCCGCCGAGGUGCCCGUCACGAAGCACGGGCAGGCUCAGGUCAAUGCCCCUGCGACCACGCUCCGCGUUGCUGCCUACUGCAGAUACACAGACUUUAAUGCCAGGCAGGGCCUCAUUGCGGAUAUCGAUGCGCCGCCGCCAACGUGGAACGUGCCCAAGACAAAGGAUUGGGUGGUGCCACAGCAGUUGCAGUCCAAAGAGCUUGACCCGCAGAGUAUAGACAAGCAGGGCCUCCUCGUUCUGCUGGAAGAGGUCGCGACAUGAGUGGUGAACAUGUGCCUUGCCGAAGUUGUGGUGCAACACGAAGAUGUUGUGCCGCCCACUCGCAAUAUGUUUCUUAAUCCUAAGUCGGCUUGCACUACCAGCGUGAUGCGUUUUAAAUCCUCGGGCGCUGCAAAGUGGAAAGGCUGUCCGCCGUCUCAGGGCGUUCGCAUGCCACCCUCAGUGCUGGCAGCAGGUGCUCGUGUCAAGACAUGCUCGCCGUGUCCUUCCGAACUGCCCUAGUGUAUACACCGCGCGUUCCUGAUUUUGCAUAGGGGACGGCGCCAUGCUCUCCCAUUUGCGCGUGCUUGUGCAUGUGCAAGGGUGACCUCAGCGAUUGCUGCGUGUAUGGUGUGCGACAGACGGGCGCGGGAAGGCCGCUGCGCUCGAAAUGCGCAGAUGAAAGGACGCCACGCCGACUAGGGAGAGAUUCAGGGAUGGUGCUCGCAGACGGCUGGCAGAAGAGAAGCGGCAGGGAUUAC